AUGGACGCUUUCUGCGCCUGCUUACUUUUCAUGGCUUCUCUGCUUGUCAUGUAUGCGGCACUCACCCGGACAAACUUCCCCUUCAACGCUUUUCUAUCUGCCUUCAUCUCCUGCACCGGCACCGCUGUCCUAACAGUUUGCUUGAGGAUACAGGUAUGCGCACAUGGAAACAAGCUUGGCAAUGCAGUUCUCAAUUACGAACAAGCCAAUUUUCAAACUGACUGA